GCCAAAAUGGCAUCCUCAAUCACCCCUCACCCCAUAUGCUCGGUUCAAUCAUCCAAGGAAGGGAGAGAAACUAUGAAAAUACUCCAUUUCCUCAUCCUUUCACGCACCAAGAACAAAGGAGGAAGAAGGAGGGGAAAAGAGAAGAGAAAAGGUUGUUUUGGAGAGGAAAACUUGUGUUUAGCAAGGAACUUUCACGGAGUUGAAAAGGUCGCCGGAGUUGUCGCCGGAGUUCGUUGAAGUUCGCCGGAGUUUCGUCGGAGCUAAAUCGGGAAGGCUAGAACUUCAUAAGCUUCAUUAAGGUUGAGGCUAGAGUCCUACUACCUGCACCUUUGCCUAGGGUGAUUGAUCGAGAAGGAAGACGUGGUUCGUGCUUCCAUUCUUAUUUCAAAUGUAUAAACUGCUCAUGGAUUUUUGAACAAUAUUUUCAUUAAAACAGUUGGGGGCCUGCGUGCCCGUGUUUGCCACGUGUGGCUAAGUAUCAAACAUUUUAUUAUUCCACAUUUGUUUGAUUAUGAUAUUGAUGUUGAUUGUAUGUGUUUACUAAUCGGUUUGGCAAUAGAAUCAAUCGGACGCCUUGUACAAUCCAAUAGGGAUGAACUGUUGUUGUUCCUAUCGGGUUGUACGACGGUUGUCUACGUGGCUCGGAUGCGGUCCGGGGCGUGACAAUUAAGUGGUAUCAGAGCCAUCGAUUUCUAAACUAUAUAAUUAACCUCUCAAUAUGGUUAUCCUCAAAAAGUCUUGAAUAAAACCAUGAGCAGAAGUUUUUGUACCUAAGGAACCGUUGGAAACCAAGUUAUUGACCUCUUAUUGUUAAGACGGUACCCUUAACAGUUUGUUGGCCAUAAUGUUGGACCAAGUGGUGUCUUUUGUACUAAUCCGUCAAUUGACAUUGAAACGAGUCUAAUGACUCAUUCCUUAUUUCUUUCAGAAAUGGAGGGUGGACGCAGGAUAACUAGGAGGAACCCGACAGGGCAUGUGCCGGGGGCCACCGGGCAUGCCACUCGGGCGGAAUCACGGACCUCUAGGGGUAGAGGCCGGGGCCAAAGCCGAGGAGGAGGCCGAGGCAGGGGUCGUGGGCGUUCUACAACGCCGAUGGCAAGUAGCACACGUGUCGGUUCUGUGCACCCAUCUAGGGCCACCGAACCGGACGAUUUCACGUAUGCUCCAAGCACGGAGCAAGAGGAGACCCCGUACAACGGGGAGGACUUUGAGGAAGAAGAUGAGGAUGAUGAUCCUCAUUAUGACCGUAUGAGUGAGGUACUAGAAUGGUACCUCGAGAAUAAGGCAAAGAGAGAAC